UCCCCCACGCCCACCACGCCUCUUCACUCUCUCUCUCUCUCUCUCUCUCUCUCUCUACACUUUCUUGCUGCAACCCAUUUCCCUCUGUACUCUCGCCUCCCUUGCUUUCUCUCUUCCAGCGAUGAAGCAACUCAUCCGACGCCUCUCUCGAGUAGCAGAUUCAUCGCAGUACUGUCUUCUCCGUUCAGAAUCACGAGCAGCCUCCAGAAAUCGCCGUUCCGAAUCCUUCAGAAUCGCCAGAGAUCGCCGAUCAGGCGUUCCUCAAGGGCAUCUACCUGUGUACGUCGGUGAAGAGAUGGAGCGAUUUGUGGUCAGUGCGGAGUUCUUGCAUCACCCGAUCUUUGUGGAACUCCUCAAGAGAUCAGCUCAAGAGUACGGUUACGAACAGAAAGGCGUCCUUAGGAUCCCUUGUCGUGUCCUCGUCUUUGAACGAGUUCUUGAAGCUUUGAAAGAUGGAGAUGAAACCAGAGACCUUGAAGAGCUUCUCCGCUCUUUCUCUUCGGAUUUUCUUUAAUAUACUCUGUUUUUGCUCCAUUUCUCAUCGUUUUUUUUUUCAGUUUUCUUUGUUUUAAUUUCCCCUUUUCCUGUUUGGGAGAUCAGAUCCUUGUGUAUAUAUUACUCUCCGGCCGUGAAAAGGAGGAAGUGAAAUUAGGGCUUUCUUUUUCUCUUUUUUUCUGUCUACAAAGAUGUUUCUUGGUGGCGAGUAGCUUUUACUGUAAAGAUCAAAUUCUACAAGAACAGAAAUAGAGAUUACUAGUUUUUGCCCUAA